UCUUAUAGACUGUCACCUGCUCAGUCAACUUCCCGGUCAGAUCUCUAAAUUGUUUGACCAGCAGCUUGUGGUUCUGUGCUUGCCAUUUGGCUGAUGCUCUCUGGGUUUGUUGUUGACGUCAAUCUUUUUGGUUACAGCCUUACAGGUUUCCAGAUUAGGAAAAAGAGUCAGCUGCCGAGUGGUGCACACGCUCUCGAUCCCCAUCUCGAUCGAAUGUAGGGAACAAUUUUAGAUCCCGAUUGGGAGAGAGGUGAGUUCCAAGAAGGAAUGUGCAGGUCGUCAGGAUCUGACAAGUUUUUGCAGGAGUCAUGGCGGAUGUUCAGAAGCAUGUCAGUACAAACACUGCACAGCUGGAAUCCUUCCUAAAGGAYYUACAGGAGAUGGAACAAGUGAUGAGGCGUAAGCAUUCUAAAGAUGGACAACAGGGGAGAACAACACAGGAGCCASCCCAGAUGAGUGCGGAGGCGAUUCAGGAGGAAAAGAGGGAGGGGUCGUCAUCGCCGCCRCCGCGGAGUGCCGCUGCUGUGGCACAAAAAGCUAACGUUAAGUCCAAUGGCGCAAAGCACAUGUUGGACCCAGCCCAGAUGCGCCCGAAGGUGAUUCAGCAGGAGAAGAGGGAGGGGUUGUCACCGCAACCACCGCAGAGUGCCGUUCCUACGGCACAAGCUAACGUUAAGUCCCAUGCCGCAAAGCACACGUACGAUCAUUACCACAACAAGUGGGCAAGAUUUGAUGUGGAUGCAGCCCUUGCUGCAAUCGACGAUGAGGACAAGGAGGGCAAAGCUGUGUCCACUGAAAAGAUUUCUCCAUCGGGGGAAAGAGAAGGAGUUGGUGCAAUGAUGGCGGGUGGAGUUGUCUCCGAGGCGAGGAGUAGGGAUGCGAAGGGCAGUGGCCAUCGUCUGGGAGGCAGCAAGCGCGGACCUGGUCUGAUGGAUUCUGUUCCCGUGAAGGCAGAUUCUGUUCCUCGGACAGCUGGUGGGUUGUUGCCGUUCAAUGCGAAAAGAGAAAAGAGUGAAUCUGUGUCAGGCGACAUGGUUGCCCGCAAGGGACACGCUCCUCCGUCUGCUUCGUCUCCGACUAUUGGAGCGUGGAGAGGCAGCAGUGCAGCGGCAGGACCAGAGAUGGUUGGCCCUAGAGCUGGCCUGUCGACCACCGACUCGGCGAGGUUGCCGUCGAUGUUGCCGUUGUCCCAUCUGAAAGGGACAAGAACGGGAGCCCUUGAGAGCGGUCCAGCCGCCAUGCUUAGCAGGCUUGCUGACACCGCUGACUUUGACGAUGCAUUACCAGAUGCGGCAUCCGAAAAGGAUAAAGGAAAUGAAUUCUUUCGGCAAGGACGGUACCCUGAUGCGAUUGAUUGCUAUUCCCGGAGUAUUGCAUUGAGGCCCACUUGCAUCGCUUACGCCAACAGGGCGAUGGCGCUUCUGAAACUGAAGAGGUACAGAGAAGCAGAGGAAGACUGCACGGAGGCAAUCGAUCUUGAUGACAUGUAUGUGAAAGCGUACUCGCGCCGAGGAUCUGCAAGAAAGGAGUUGAAGAAGUACAUAGAAGCUUCCCAAGACUUCGAGGUCGCGCUCCGUCUUGAACCGGAGAACAAGGAGCUGAAGCAGCAAAUGGAGUCUGUUCUGCCCUUUUGUGAAAGAGAGAGAGGGGUUGGGAAAAAGACUAGUCCGGUCGCUGUCCAGGAAGGCUCUACUCGUCUGAGUCCUGCUGCUGUCGCCACCUCUGCCCCUGCUUCUCGGAGUGUGCCCGCCUCCUCGUCGCUACAACCUUCAUUCAUCGGCAAUGCCGCAAGAGGAAGGGCAGGCUCUCACACAGCAGUUGGAUCGGAAGCUGCGUCAAGAGUCAGAAUAACUGAGCUCUCUUCCGAAGAGCGAGGGGUAAGCUCGAGCACGGGGAAAGUGGGGGGAGGAGCUGGUGAGCGGGAGGCGAAGGCUGUGUCUUGCGUGCUUGCUGACGAAGAUUCUGUGAAGUCGAAAGGAAGUGAACAGAAAGCGAGGGGAGGAGGCGGUGAGUGCGAGGCGAAGUCCAUGUCUGGCGUGCUCGCUGACAAGGAUUCUGUGAAGGCAAAGGGAUGUGUCACUGAACGAAGAGCAGGGGGAGGAGGCAGUCAGCAGGAGACGAAGUCUGUAUCUGGGACUCUUGCUGAAGAAGAUUCUGUGAAGAGAAAGGGAAGCGAGGGAGAAGUGAGGGAAGGAGGUGGUGAGCAGGAAACCCAGUCUGUGUUGGGCUCUCUCGCGCAUGAAGAUUCUGUGAAGAAGAAGGGCACUGAACAAAUGUUGGAAAAGGCCAGAAAGACAACAGCGGCAGCGGUAGCCGCGCAGCGGCAGCAGGCUGUCAUGGGUUCACAGGCAAUGGCAGCUCGUGCCGCGGCAGCGGCAAGAGAGACAGUGGCCAAGAAGGUGAUUGCCCCCAAGACAGCCUACGAGUUUGAGAACGUCUGGAAGACUCUGGCAGAUGAUCGGCAAGCGCAGGCUCGAGUCCUUCGGAUGCUGGACCCGUCGACAUUGCCAAAGACCUUCAAGGAUGCAUUGAGCGCCAACCUGCUUUGCGACAUUGUUGCAGUUGUUGAUGAAUGUUUCCUUCCCGGCGAUGCUGCCAGGGGCAUUGACAUCCUUGAAAAUCUCCCAAGCGUCGGUCGGUUCGACAUCACAAUGAUGUUCUUGACGAGCCAGCAAAAGGCCAAACUCAGACACGUGUGGGAGGAAUCGGCGAAAUCUGCAGCCAUCUCAACUGAGCUGCAGGAGCGUCUUCGGUCCGUUCGUGCCAAGUACCAUGUGUGAGUCCAGAUGAUCGCACUCGGAGAGGUGGCUGUAAAUUGAUCGACGGAAGUGGUUGUGAUGCAUAACCAGAGACGGAGAAUGCUGUAAAUCACAUGCACCAUGUCCAAGGACCCUUCUCGCACGCUAAGCGAUAGCAACGAGAUAGCAACGAGAUAGCAACGAGAUAGCAAUGAGAUAGCAACGAGAUAGCAACGAGAUAGCAAGGACCCUUCUCACACAUUAUGCGAUAGCAGCGAGAUAGCAACAAGAUAGUGACGAGACAGCAACGAAGUAGCAAGGUCCCUUCUCUGACUUCUCACACAUGACGCAAUAGGAAUGAGAUAGCAAGGACCCUUCUCUCACGAUGCGCGAUAACAACAAGAUCGCAACGAAGUCGCAAGGGCCCUUCUCUGACUUCUCGCACACUAUGUGAUAGCAAUGAGAUAGCAAGGACCCUUCUCGCAAGCUGCGCGGUAGCAACGAGAUAGCAACGACCCUUCUCGCACGCUAAGCGAUAGCGACGAGAUCCCUUCUCACACACUAAGCGACAGCAAUGAGAUAGCAACAAGAUACCAACGAGAUAGCUGCAACGAGAUAGCAAGGACCCUUCUCACACGCGAUAGCAAAGAGAUAGCAGCGAGAUAGCAACAAGAUAGCAACGAGAUGCCAACGAGUCGUCACCUGUAGAGGCAAGCCCCUAGAAAGUUGAGCACAAUGGGCCUCGCUCCACUACUCGCACAAAUCUGCAAAUUGAGAAUGAAUCUCUCGCUGGAAC